GUGGUGAACAAACCUACCCACUACGAAGGUUUUUUUCCAGGAAGUGUAGGCUGCUGCAACUUGUAUCCCUUGAGCAGCGGCUGCUCACACAACAGUUCUCAUGCUACUUGCAAGCAGCUCAUUUGCAGGAGCGCCAGCACCGUGCCCGGAGGAUGAAUGAAGCCUACAGCUCUGCAGCACCCCGACCCAUGGGCAGCACCUCUCCCAGCACCAUGAAAAUGUUUAUGUGCUUCCUUACUGUAUUUAUGGUGGUACAGACCAUCGGGACCGUACUCUUCUGUUUAUAUCUUCACAUGAAGAUGGAUAAGAUGGAAGAGGCGUUGAGUUUAAAUGAAGAUUACAUCUUCUUGAGGAAAGUGCAGAAAUGUCAGACGGAAGAAGGUCAGAAAUCAACGUUAUUGGACUGUGAAAAAGUUCUAAAAGGCUUCCAGGACCUCCAGUGCAAGGAUAGGACAGCCAGCGAGGAGUUGCCAAAAUUUGAAAUGCACAGAGGCCAUGAGCACCCCCACUUGAAGAGCAGGAAUGACACGUUCGUGGCAGAGGAGAAGAGGCAGCCGAUUGCAACGCACCUGGCAGGGGUGAAGAGCAACAAGGCAGUGCCAGUGCUGGAGUGGAAGCCAACAAGCUACGCCCCGACAAACAGCUUGAUAUCCUACCAUGAGGGGAAGCUGAAGGUGGAGAAAGCAGGGCUCUACUACAUCUACGCACAAGUCAGCUUCUGCACCAAGGCAGCGGCUUCGGCACCGUUCACCCUCUAUAUUUAUUUGUACCUCCCUAUGGAAGAGGACCGGCUCCUGAUGAAGGGACUCGACACGCACAGCACCUCCAAGGCUCUCUGCGAGCUCCAGUCCAUCCGGGAGGGCGGCGUCUUUGAGCUGCGGGCGGGUGACAUGGUCUUCGUCAACGUGACGGACUCAACGCUAGUGAACCCCAACCCUGGCAACACCUACUUUGGCAUGUUCAGGCUGUAGAGAGGAGAGGCCCAGCCCGACUCUGUUGAGCCAUGGGGCUUUCCCUGUUUCCCAUAUUUAUGUUCCCCUGCCUCAUUGUUGUUCUUGUUUCUUAAUUUGUAUAUUUUGUUAUUUAUUGAUGAGGGCCAAGGGGCCCUGAGAACAGGAAAGGAAAAAAUUGGAAGCUGUCAUUGUCUGCACUUUUCUUUUUUCUUUCACUGGUAGGGUUGUGUGUCUGGCCCACCAUGCCCUGUUCUGCUGGCCCCAUUAUGCCCCAUUAUUUAGCAAACUCUACCAACGCUCUUUCCUUCCUACCACCGUAGGACGGCUCAGGGCACUCCAGCCAAGCUAGGUUCAUGCAUAUCUCCUGUACUCAUCUGCUUACAGAUCAUCAAUGGAAAAAAAACAUUAAAAGGCUGAAGAAUGUCUCCUGUAAAGGAAUCGAUCAGCCAGGCGCUGUCCCUACGUGUUGGCUGUUGGUGAUACAUUAUUGCCACUCCAACUGUGUUAUGUUGAGAACCCCAUUUUUUCCACCCAUAGCUGCCUACCGGACUCAGCCUUCUUGCUCACCAUGGCCAUGUUUGUGCUGGUUGAAAUUCACCCGUCAUCAAAAACGCUGUUGGUGGCUGGGGGUGGCUGCUGAUUUCAGUCCAGAGCUCUGGUAGGGCAUUGGUGCUGCUCUGCUUCUGGUGAUCCAAAUUUGUCCAUGAGAAUGCUCUCCUCCCAGAUAGAGAGCCCUUGUGGAAGGGGCAUUGGCCACCUUGGUCAAGUUUGGAUCUGCUGCUUCUCCCUCGCUGUCCUCCACGGGAGCAGGACCCGGAAAGCUCUAGGAGCACAAGGUGAUGAGAAAAGAUUGGGAACACACCUGGAGGCAACAGGUCUGCAUGGGGAGAUGUCAGAUCUGGGCCCUCCUUAGGGUUUGCGUGGCAUGAGGCUGUGGGUCUGGUCCAGCUGUGGUGGUCGAGUGCAGGCGCUGCCGGGUUGGGCACAUCAGUGACGGGUGCCCAUCGCUGUCUGCACAAAGUCAGGGCAGGAUUGCUCUGCCUGCCUGGUUUCGCUGUAAUUCAAUUUGCAGUUUUGUGGCUGUUCUCCAAAGCUGCAUAACUUUGUCUGAGAACGGAGCGUUCUUGUGCCAUGCCAUAUAUAUAAAAACUAUUUAUUUAA